ACCCGAAGAUAAUUUAGUGGGUCGGCAAAGAAGAACAGUCCAAGAGGCAAGCUAGGGAAAAAAAUAAGGUUGGGGGCCUAAGAUAUGGGCUAGAUCUCAGCCCAUUAAGGUCGGGUCACCCAGAGGAAGAAAACCCAUUAAGACAAGGCAAAGUGGGAGUAGAGACAAGAAAGUGAGGUCACAAUGGCGACCCCGAAACAGAUGAUGGGAGAGACGCCGCAGCUGUUGAUGAGCAUGAAGAGCUCCGGCGGCCUUGGCUAUGCCGGAGCCGGCAGCCCGAUGGCGGAGGACAGGGAGGAGGAUAUUACGAGAUCGGCCCUCUCCGCCUUUCGGGCCAAGGAGGAAGAUAUCGAGAGGCGGAGGAGGGAGGUGUCCGACAAAGUGCAGGCACAACUCGGCCGUGUUGAGGAACAAACUAAGCGUUUGGCUGAUAUCAGAGAGGAGCUAGAAGGAUUUGGUGAUCCAGUGGGAAAAGAAGUCGCUGCUGUUCGGAAGAGGAUCGAUGUGGUUAGUCGAGAGUUGAAGCCGAUGGGACAAACCUGCCAAAGAAAGGAAAAGGAAUAUAAAGAAGCUUUGGAGGCAUUUAAUAUGAAGAGCAAGGAAAAAGCUCAAUUAAUCACAAAAUUAAUGGAGUUAGUGAGCGAAAGUGAGAAGCUCAGAAUGAAGAAAUUGGAGGACUUGAGCAAGAGCUUAGAUUCUCUACGCUAAUCACAAUCUAUUAUAAUCCCAAUCUUUUAAUUACCACUACCAAUUUGUUGAUUGUUUUUAUAUAAAAAAAACUUUUUUGAAAUCAUGAUCAUAUGUAUCAAAUGUGUGUACAUUUUGUCGUUCCAAGUUUGACAAAGCGAUGGUUCAAUUAUGGACCGACAAAAGAGUGCUUUGGAUUUGACUUUUCCUUUUUUAAAGGGAUUUGAACAUUUCAAUUAAUUUCCUGUCGUUUA